CUCUUCUUGUCACGCCGUCGCUGCCGCCGCCGCCGCCACUCGGAGUUGGGGCGUUUUUGCGCGCUGCCGCCGCUGCUGCUUUCCAUGUUGUGAGGCAUUAAGGAGGAGGAGAGCGGUGGCGGUGGUGGUGGUGGUGGUGGUGGAGGCGGCUGGCCCUUCUCCCCUUUCCUCUCUCUCUCUCUCUCUCUCUCUCUCCCCCCCCCCUCCGCCUCUUCUGUCAUCUUGGCUUGCUCCCCCUCCUCUCAGCGCUUGGGGGUGGGGGGUGGGUGGGGCGGGGUGGGCGAGCGCCUUCUCCGCCAUGGCCACCAGCACCACAGGCUCCACGCUGCUGCAGCCGCUGAGCAACGCCGUCCGGCUCCCCAUAGACCAGGUCAACUUUGUAGUGUGCCAACUGUUUGCCUUGCUGGCUGCUGUGUGGUUUCGAACUUACCUACAUUCAAGCAAAACUAGUCCGUUCAUAAGGCAUGUUGUUGCCACACUAUUGGGCCUUUAUCUUGCACUUUUUUGCUUUGGAUGGUAUGCCUUACAUUUUGUUAUACAAAGUGGAAUUUCAUACUAUAUCAUGAUCAUUAUAGGAGUGGAAAAUAUGCACAAAUAUUGUUUUGUUUUCGCUUUGGGAUACCUCACUGUGUGCCAAAUUUCUAGAGUUUAUAUAUUUGACUAUGGACAAUAUUCUGCUGAUUUUUCAGGCCCUAUGAUGAUAAUUACUCAGAAAAUUACAAGUUUGGCAUAUGAAAUUUAUGAUGGAAUGUUCCGAAAGGAGGAAGAACUGUUGCCAUCACAGCGAUGUUUAGCCGUGAGGCGCAUGCCAAGUCUACUGGAAUAUAGUUACAACUGUAAUUUCAUGGGUAUCCUGGCAGGCCCAUUAUGCUCUUAUAAAGACUAUAUUACUUUCAUUGAAGGCAGAUCAUAUCAACUGACACAGUCCGAAGCAAAUGGGAAAGAAGAAAUAAAAUACGAACAAACAGACCCCUCCCAAAUGACAGCUGUGGCGCAGAAACUUGUAGUGUGUGGACUCUCCUUAUUAUUUCAUAUGACUGUUAGCAAAACUUUCCCUGUAGAAUACAACAUUGAUGACCAAUUCAGAGCAACAGCAUCUUUUCCUACAAAGAUUAUCUACCUAUACCUGUCACUAAUGGCUGCCAGGCCGAAGUAUUAUUUUGCAUGGACUUGGGUAAGAGCCCUUAAUAAUGCAGCUGGAUUUGGCUUUAGAGGUUACGAUAAAAACGGAGUCCCACACUGGGAUUUGAUUUCAAAUCUACGAAUUCUGCAUAUAGAGUUUUCAACAAGUUUCAAGAUGUUUCUUGAUAACUGGAAUAUACAGACAGCACUUUGGCUCAAAAGAGUAUGUUAUGAACGAGCCUCUUUCAGUCCAACAAUACAAACCUUUAUCUUAUCAGCCAUUUGGCAUGGGGUAUAUCCUGGAUAUUAUUUAACUUUCUUAACAGGGGUACUAAUGACACUCGCAGCACGAACAGUUAGAAAGAACAUUAGAAAUUAUUUUCUUGAUUCUCCAGCCAUUAAAUUAUGUUAUGAUAUCAUGACAUGGAUCACAACUCAAAUAGCAAUAAGUUACACUGUUGUGCCAUUUGUACUGCUCUCCGUAAAACCCUCCUAUGUAUUUUACAGUUCCUGGUAUUUCUCCCUCCAUAUUGCCUGCAUUUUAGUGCUGAUGUUUCCAAUUACAAGAACUCAAAAAGGAAAUAAAGAGCAAGAAAGCAUCCAGCCUUCGUGGUCCAAACAGCAAGAAGAAGGGAAAGAAAAAAGAAUUACAGGACAUAAUAGUUAUUCUGUGGCAAACAGCUUCAAUCAAAGAAGAGACAUCACAUCCAGAAACACAGCAACAGAACAAUGAUUACAGAUGCUAUAGAUGCUAUAUUUUAUAUUUUCAAGACCAUUUAUAGCACCUUUUAAAAGGGGGUUGUAUUUGUCUGAAAAGAUGGUUAGAAAAGAACGCUAUAUCUCUAGGGAAUUCACUAGUAAGAUGAAAGCAAAGCUAAUUAACCACUCCCGUGCCAUGUUCCUAUGGAUCACGCCUUAUAUGGAAAUAUUACAAUUAUUUCAGUGGGCACUCUGGACCAAUAGCGUACGUCAUCGGUGUGGCCCCUAUGAUGAAUGUACAUUGUAAAUCCCUAGGCAUUUGUGGGGGUGGGAAACCGUUGUGUCAAUCUGGAAUACCAGAAAGGGAAAAAAUCUUGCAUUGCCUUAAACCCUCUAUCUACUGAAAAGUAAUGUUUCUAAAUAGUAUUUUCAUGUUUAGUAUAAUAUAUUUAAAGUAUGAUUCAAAAGUAAGCUUUGGAUUCUGAGGGACGAAACGAGAAAUGGAAGCAGAAACCCCCCCCCCCCCCUGCCUGAAGUCAAAAGAAAAAGGAAUUGCAAUAAGCUAUCUGGAGGGUUUUCUUAGUAUAUCAGGUUUUGUACAGUAGAGAACGGAAAGCAUUGCUAAUGCUAAAUCAUGGUUGGUGUCUCUGAUUAAAAACAGUGGUUAAAGGAAAGCCCUCUGAAAACUUUUUUUUAAAAAAAAUAUAUUAAAAGUCAUCCUUUCUAGAGCCAAAUGUUUUAAUGUAAAUUUGUUCUUUAGGAUGAAUAAGCUUGCACAAAAUGUGCACAGAAUUCCUAUUAAAGCUGCAACUUUCCAAUAGCAAUUCUCCUUCUAAUCCUAUAGAAAUAAUUUCACAGGUUGGGGGGCACUAGUAAAGAUGGAUCCGAUAUAGAAUUAGUGUGAAAAAGGUGCUUAAGAUGGCCACUUUAUCUUAUGGUUAUAAUUCAGUUUAUAUUAAACAAAAAAAAGUGAAAUUGUUAAAUUGGUACUGCCUAGCUGGACACCAUAAACUCUGUGACACCAGAAUACCCGUGGUUUAGAAAAAAAAAUUGAAGCGGGAUGUAAUAUAUGGGGACCAUAGUGUAAUAUUUGAUAAAACUUUCCCAACCAAUCCUUUUGUUUCAUAAUUUUACCUUAAAAAUAUAUUAAGGGAAUUGAUAAAUUGUUGCUUUCUGAUGCAAAUUUAUAAUGGGUAAAGAAAUGAUGUGCUAAAGGGCUAUAACUUUCAUUUGCUUGCUUGUUAUAUCUGUUAUAUUUUUUACUGAAUGGAAAAGAUUGUUAUCUUUAAAAUACACAGAAAAGGGACCUAGGGUGAGAAAUGAAAAAUGACAUUUGGUUAUUAUUAAAAUAAGAUGAUUUUUCAUCCCUAUUUUGUUUUAAAACCUAAAUGUUAUAUGCCACAUGUCCAAAUAUUUAAUGAACCCAGACAGAGAGCAAUAGAUCCUGGCUAUUGUCAGGAUCCUUGGAAAGAAAUGAUAGACACGUUUCAGCAGAAAUGUCAAGUUAUCGUAAAUUCGAUCUUCCAAUCUGUCUUUCAAUGACAAAUAAGAGUAGACUAUAUUUCUUGUUUGGGGUGUUCAUUCUGUUCUGAAAUCUUCCUUCUAGAGAGAACUACAGACAGAUGUGUCUUGUGGGAGGAAACAAAUGAGGCGAGUUAAUAAUUUCCCUAGCAAAUCGAGCUUUCAUUUGGAGAGUAGGUAAUUGAAUAUUAAAAAGGGCUUUCAUGUUGGUGAAAAUAAACAAAUUAUCAUUAGGAGAAAUAGGCUAACUGUAUCUCCUGAUGUAAACACAAAAAAAUCUUUUAGUUUGUUGCAGAACAUGUUGGGGCAACAUGCAAACAGAUUUACGAUGGUUUUAUUUGUGCCAAAUUACUUCUCCGCCCCCCCCCCCCCACUCAAAUUCAGAUAUAUAAUGGAAGCUCCAGUUGAAUACAUGAAGUCUUCUUUAUGCAGAAAUCUGCACUGUAUGACAGGGGUGGGUUGCUGCCGGUUUUACUACCGGUUUGCAACCCGUGUGCAACACGGCGUGCUGUU